AUGGACAGUGACCAAGAGUCAUCUGAAUGUCCGUUGUGUUUGGAAGUACUCGAAGCUGAUGAUUUGACCUUUUUUCCAUGUACAUGUUGUUAUCAGAUUUGUCGAUUUUGUUGGCAUCGUAUACGAACCGAUGAAAAUGGUUUAUGUCCAGCAUGUCGAAAACCGUACAGUGAAAAUCCGGCCCAAUUUAAACCAUUAACUGAAGAAGAAAUUCAACAAGUGAAACGUGAUAGAAAAUUAAAAGAUUCAAAUAAAAAACCAAAGAUCACCGAAAGUCGAAAACAUUUAGCCAAUCUUCGAGUUGUUCAACGUAAUCUUGUAUUUGUUAAUGGUCUUCCAUCACGUUUAGCUGAUACUGAAUUAUUAAGACGAAAUGAUCAUUUUGGUAAAUAUGGUAAAAUAGUUAAAUUAGUAACAUCACCAGCACACAAUGGACAAUUAAAUUCUAUUUGUGUAUAUAUAACAUAUUCACGUUCAGACGAAGCUUUACGAGCUAUACAAUCUCUAUGUAAUUAUCAUGUUGAUGGUCGAACAUUGAAAGCAACAUUAGGUACAACAAAAUAUUGUAGUCGAUAUUUAAAAGGUGCAUCCUGUCAAAAAGCUGAUUGUCUUUAUUUACAUGAACUAGGCGAUCCAUUAGCAAGUUUUACUAAAGAACAAAUGCAACAAGGUCUUCAUCUUGAAUAUGAGCGAAAACUAAUGGAACAGUACACGAAUAAAACAAUAUCAGAUACACCAAAAACUGGACGAACAACAGCUAAUGGAAACAAAAGUGAAUCAUCACAAAAACGAAAAGGACCAACACCACUAUUAACAACGAAUGAUUCAAAUACAACAAUGCCAACAUCAAAUAUUCUCAAUGGCCAUUCAGAUUUAGAAUCUGGUGAUGAAACAAAUAAUAAUAAUAAUAAUACAACUACAUCAAAUCAUCAUGCAUUAAAUGGAUAUCAUAAUGAUACAUUUACUAGUACAACUGCUAUUAAUGGUGAUACUUUAAAUGGUGAUUCUGAUAUAUCAUCAACAUCAUCUCAAACAUCAUCUGAACAUGAUUCAUCUCUUCGAACACAAAUUCCAACAUAUAUUUCACCAUCAACAAAUUGGCCAGAUGAAUCAGGAAGUUUUUAUCCUACGAAUAAUAAUAAUAAUAAUAAUAAUCUCGCAUCGUCAUCUCAGUUAAUAAAUAAACCAUCUGUAUCAAAUGUAUUAAAUCCAUUGAGAGAUAUUCAAUCAAAUGAAACAACAAUUAAUAAUACAGUGAAAGUUUAUGAUCAAUUACCAGAAUAUAAAUUAUUUAGUUCAAAUAGUCCAUCUAUACAUUCGAUAUUAUUUGGUAAAAAUGAAAAUACUCAACAGCCUCAACGACCAAUAAUAAAUGGAAUUGAUCAUGAUUUAAGAGAAAUUGAAAAAAGAUUAAUAGCAAGUAGUCUUGAUAAUACAUCUUACUCACAAACACAAGAAAAUGAUGAACUAGGUUUCGAUCCAUGUAGUUUAUUUAUGUCAGCACUUGCAUCUGAUAUUGAAGACGAACGACGACCAUUAUCAUCACAAACAUCUCUAUCAUAUCGUCCAACAUCAAAUUCAUAUGGAUUUUCAUCAAAUCAAUUUAUUUCAACAACAAAUAAUCCAUCUAUAGGACAAAUCAAUUCAUCUUGGAUGAUGCAACAACAACAACAACAACAACAACAACCACAGCAACAACAGUAUCAUCAUUAUCAAGAACAACCAACAACACCACAAAGACAACAAAGAUAUCCACUUCCAUUUAACGGAUCAUCUCCUCGACAAAUUUGGAAUGGCAAUCAACAACAACAACAACAACAAUAUGGAUCACAGAUAUCAAAUCGUUUAGAUUUUUCAAAUCAAAUUCAACAACAACAACAACAACAACAACAGCAACAAAGACUUCCACAUAGACAACCAUCACCAUCAUCACAAUAUUCUCAAGCAAUAAAUAAUACUUAUUCUUCUAAUAGUACAGUGACCACAAUACCAUCAAAUGAUCGAUGGAUAAAUUUGCCAUGGACCGAUCCAGCUAUCAUAUCACUUGGUAAUAAGCUUGAUACAACACCCACACAAUGGUCGACGACUAUGCAAUCCCAGGGGUCUUCUGCAUUGUCCUCAGGUAAUAAUCUCAUGGCAAAUUCUCGUUGGUCACAGCAACAACAACAACAACAACAACAACAAUCACAAACACAUAUGCUAACAAAUGGAAUGUAUAUGCCAUAUUCAACAACAUCAGGUAUCGAUGAUGGAAGUCGAUCGUAA